GCGCAGUGGUAGCCGCCGGCGGGCUGGCUGACGCUGGCGGGUUGAGGGAGGUACUGCCGGUGGCUGUCACCGCCUCGUUUCUUUCCCGAUGGUGCGCUUGUAAGGCCAGCUGCCUGCGGGCGUCGCCCCGUGAUGGAGCACAUCCGAACCACCAAGGUUGAACAAGUGAAGUUACUUGACCGCUUUAGUACCAACAACAAGUCACUGACGGGAACCCUGUAUCUUACGGCCACACAUCUGUUAUUUAUUGACACUCAGCAAAAAGAAACCUGGAUACUACACCACCAUAUUGCCUCUGUGGAGAAGCUUGCCCUGACCACUUCUGGAUGUCCGCUCGUAAUUCAGUGCAAGAACUUCAGGAUUGUACAUUUCAUUGUUCCCAGGGAAAGAGACUGCCAUGAUAUUUACAACUCUCUGCUGCAACUGUCAAAACAAGGAAAAUAUGAAGAUCUCUAUGCAUUUUCUUACAAUCCCAAACAAAAUGAUUCCGAACGACUGAAGGGUUGGGAGAUCAUUGACCUUGCCAAGGAAUAUGAGAGGAUGGGAGUGCCUAAUGGGAAAUGGAAACUGUGUGAUGCCAACCGAGAGUACAAGGUCUGUGAGACUUACCCAAGAGAACUAUACGUUCCAAAGUCAGCCAUCCUGCCAAUGAUCAUGGGCAGCUCCAACUUCCGGAGCAAGGGCAGACUUCCAGUCUUGUCCUACUGCCGGCAGGGCACCGAGGCUGCCAUUUGUCGAUGUAGUCAGCCAUUGUCAGGCUUCAGUGCCAGGUGCCUGGAGGAUGAGAAAUUGCUUAAAGCCAUUAGUACAGCCAACUCGGGAAACCACUACAUGUAUGUUGUCGAUACCAGGCCCAAGGUUGAAGGAGAAGACUUACUCCCUGUGGCCUUUUCUUUUGGAUGACAAACAGAAGUACUUAAAUCCUCUCUACAGUUCCAAAUCUGAGAGCUUGACAGUCUUGGAGCCAAAUACGGUUUCUUUCAAUUUUAAGUUUUGGAGAAACAUGUAUCACCAGUUUGAUCGGACACUCCAUCCUCGACAGUCUGUAUUGAACAUAAUUAUGAAUAUGAAUGAGCAAAACAAGCAGUUAGAGGAAGACAUCAAAGACCUAGAGUCUAAAAUUACACAAUGCAAAAAUGGCCUCCUAACGAAGGACUUGCUACAUGUUCACCCUGAAUCACCUGCCCUCAAAACCUCCUUGUCUCUGAAAGAGCAGAGUCUGCUUCCAGUGAAUGACACACUUCGGGCUAUAGAGGGCAGCAACCCACCAGAUAAUCGGUACUGUGACUACCCGGAGGAGUUUUCUAAGUCCGAGCCUACUGUGGUCAGCUUGGAGUAUGGUGUGGCAAGAAUGACUUGUUAGAUUCCUUCAAGUAUGUCUCCUGGACUGACUGUAGUGUAAGAAAUAUGUAGUCGUGAGGAUGAUCUGUUCAUGUGGGCAGGGGGAUUUGUUCAGUGACUUUGGGGCUCAACAGCAGGUGAACAGUUGAGAAAAGGAUCAUAACUGCUCUUGAGAGGAAUAUGUCAGCUAAGUGCUGUUUGUAGCAAGAGUGAUACUCAUCUCUGUAGGAAGUGAGUGGUAUUGGGUGCACUUACCCAGUACACCAGUGAGGUGACAGUCUGUUGAUUCAGAUGUUAGUUACAGCCAGGCUCAAAUUGCUUUCCUUAAGUAUAAUUUAACUCGUGAGAAGACAGACCUGGUGAUUCGAACCCUUAAUGAUUGACGUGGCAUGUGCUUUUAGGUCUGCAGAUGUGUGACUGUUUGUGUAUUUUGCCAUUUAGUGACGUUUUAACAUUGAAGUGCCAUGAGAAGUACUUCUGAGAUGGCCUUAAAGUAAAUUCUCAGUUUAUUCUUUAGGUUUUACAGCCAAGGACAAGAUGUCUGAUUGCUCCUUUAUUCAGCCUUAUUUCAUGAAAAGAACUGCACUCUCAUUACUUGAGGGCUGUACGCUGCAGUGCUUCUGCAUAGAAAGUUGUAGACUCCAGUAAAUCGUAAUUGGCCAACCCCAACCAUAUUCAAAGUUAGCACCUCUGAAGGCUUUGUUCUGGAUGUCAUUUGUUUCAAGCUGCAGCUGACAGUUCAUUAUUUACAGCUUAGCAGACUGAUUUCUUAGACAAGUAUAAGCACAUUUGGCAUUUACUUUCAGAUUACUGCAUUCUGUUAACUCAUACUUCCUGGUUGGCUUUACUCCUUUGAGAACUGUCCAUUUAAAGUGGUGAAGCUCUAAAAAGUUCUGAGUGCUACUACUUAUAACUGCCUGAUCUAGAACAUUUCACUUUAGUGUCCCUGCCUACACACACUGAGAGUGGAGAUUUUGCUUGGCUAUGUGAUUUUUAAAGCAAUCAUUUUUAUGUAGAACAUAUUUCUUUUCUCUUAAAUAUAGAAGGGACAGAAAGGGAGCACUGAGGGGAGCCGGUUAAUGUCCAACAAAAGCAGCUUGAACUCUGAAAAGAGUUUUGUUUGCCUUGUUACGGUCAUUGUUUAUUCUGUGCAGUAGGAUAUCUUUUCAAAAAACAUAUCUUUUCAAAAAACCACUUUCGAUUGACAGUAUUACCAGCUGGCUUUUAAACAGAUGACAUGAGGUACAGUUCAAGGGCACUAAGAAAUCUGCAUAAUUUAUCUUAUAUAUCUCCUGAUUGCACCUAUAUCUGUAAUACUUCUUAUAUUAGUCUUGAAUAUACGUAUCUUUUCUUGAAAAAGAAAGAAAGCUUUAUUGUAUCUGAUUUUUGUCUAGUUCUGUUUAUUUUUCCAGUUUACUUCCGUAAGACCUUAUAUAAUAAAAACACUGCAUUUUAAAAAGUAACAGAAAUGUACUAUAAAAAUAUAGUGUAUAAUUAAUGAUGUUUAGACAUUGGGAAAGGAAACUAAUCUCUGUGGCCACAACAGGAAGCUUUUGUGCCUUGGUUCCAUCAGGUUGUAGUUUUAGACUCUUCUAUGGCAGACUUCUUAUAAUCAUCAUUUUGGUUCAUUAUGCUAAUCUUCAACUUCACAUGUACAUAUGUGUUUACAUGCUCACACACAGAUAACAUCCUGGGUAACAUAGAGGGCAUAUGUUGACAAAAGUCUGUGUAAAUGUCUUAUAAAAUUGGAGUUAUGUUCAUUGUGUUUUGGGAUGUAUAGCAUGUAAAUUAUUUCAUGUAUUAUUUAAAGGCAAUUAAAUGUUCAUGUUUUAC